GGCCAAAGCCCUCUGAUAAGGAUCAUAAAGUGUGCGGAGACCAACACAAUCCCAGUCUACUUUGCGUACGUCGUAUAUCUAGAAUCUCUCUCUCCUCCCCUGUGCAACAUAAUACAGCCUUGAGAUCCUGCAGCGUCCUGUUUGUUCUGUCUUCUUCUUUGCCUUACCUACCUAGGUAGUACUCGCAUUCCCCUUCUCCCCUGGCCCCCCAAAAUACAGGAACAGAAAGAUUUGAUGCUCAGUGAUUUGUAUGUGAUUGUGGACAUUGAGAAAAAAGCCAACUUGUCAAGAAAGAGAGAAGAAACCGUAAACCAACACCAACAAGUGAGUUGAAUCAUUAAAGCUUGGGAACGGGAACGAUCCAGCAAUUGGUAGACCGAAAUCCUUUCACUCACACUUACACUUUUAUUACUUCACUACAAGGAACUUUUUUCAUUCGCUUGCUUUUUUCAGCUAGGCGAAUUUGGGGGAACCACAAAAUAUAUUGACACGACAAAACUUCCUCGAAUUCUUGAAGUGCUCAAGUUUUUGCGGUUCUCCGAAUCCAAGACAAACCCCCCAAAUUAUUUUAUUGAGUUAUUUUCAAUAGAUAAGCAAAGAUGGAUGUUGCCGUCUUGCGAGGUCGUAUUGCUUCGACACUUGAUCCAGAUGCUGAUACUCGUCGGCGCGCUGAACUGGACUUGAAAUCAGCAGAGGAACAUCCCGGAUUCACCGACGCUCUUCUUGACAUAUUACAAGCAGAACAAAAUCCUGCAGUUCGGUUAUCAACGGUUGUCUACCUUAAGAAUCGCGUUACGAGAGCAUGGCUACCGAGCGAGACCCAGCCCAAGCCGAUGGCCGACGAUGAGAAGGCUAGAUUCAGAGAUCGACUCCUCCCUUUCAUUGCCUCCUCCCCACCACAAAUUCGACAACAACUCGUCCCAGUCCUUCAAAAGAUUUUACAUUAUGAUUUCCCAGAUAGAUGGCCUUCCUUUAUAGAAAUGACUGUUCAAUUAUUGAACACAAACGAUGCGGCAUCAAUAUUCGCCGGUUUACAAUGUCUCCUCGCAAUCUGCCGGGUUUUCCGUUUCAAAUCGGGGGAGAAUCGCGCAGAUUUCGAUGCAAUUGUGGAGGCCACAUUCCCAAGGCUUUUGACAAUCGGACAGGGUCUGGUCAAUGAAAUGAGCGAAGAGGCAGGAGAAAUGCUUCACAUUGUUCUCAAGGCAUACAAACAUGCAACAUUUUUCGACUUAUCUGCCUCUUUGCGCGAACAUACAGUAGUAGUCGGCUGGUGCACAUUGUUCCUUCAAACAGUCGCAAAAGAUGUUCCAGCUACCGCUUUACCUGAGGAUGAAGCUGAGAGAGAGGCCAAUCAUUGGUGGAAGGCCAAGAAAUGGUCAUACUUCAAUUUGAACAGACUCUAUGUUCGUUAUGGCAACCCCACAUCUUUGUCGAAGGGCAACGGAGACGAUUAUGCCGCAUUCGCAAAAAGCUUCACAGCCAAUUUCGCACCCGAGAUUCUGAAAGGUUACCUUCAGCAGAUUGAGAAAUGGGUCGCAAAGACAACAUGGCUCAGCAGACCUUGUCUUUCAUAUACCUUGGUCUUCCUUGAUGAGUGUGUUCGACCAAAGCAAAUGUGGGCUCAUUUGAAACCACAUCUCGACAGCCUUGUCACCCAUUUCCUUUUCCCUGUUAUGUGUCUCUCGCCCGACGAUGUUGAGAAAUUCGAAACCGACCCAGAGGAAUAUUUACACCACAAAUUGAACUUUUACGAAGAGGUGUCAGCACCAGACAAUGCCGCAACCAACUUUUUGAUCACACUCACCAAAGUUCGCAGAAAGCAUACUUUCACCAUUCUUACAUUUGUUAACUCGAUUGUGAACGAAUACGAGGCCGCGGGAGAGGGACAGAAGAACCACAUUGCAAAGGAGGGAGCUUUGAGAAUGAUUGGAACUUUGUCCAGUGUUAUCCUAGGAAAAAAGAGUCCAAUUGCUGAACAAGUGGAGUAUUUCUUGGUUCGAUAUGUCUUCCCAGAUUUCAAGAGCUCCCAAGGAUUCUUGCGAGCCAGAGCUUGCGACACCGUUGAGAAGUUCGAACAACUCGAUUUCAAGGAUACUCAGAAUCUUCUUGUCAUAUACCGAAACAUCCUUGAGUGUAUGGCCGAUCCAGACCUUCCAGUUCGUGUUGAAGCCGCACUCGCAUUACAGCCUUUGAUUAGACAUGAUAUCAUUCGCACAAGCAUGCAAUCAAACAUCCCACAAAUUAUGCAACAGUUGUUAAAACUUGCCAACGAGGUUGACGUGGAUGCACUGUCAAACGUUAUGGAGGAUUUUGUUGAAGUAUUUGCGGCAGAAUUGACACCUUUCGCAGUGGCAUUAAGCGAACAGUUGCGGGAUACUUAUUUACGAAUUGUCAGAGAAUUAUUGGAGAAGAACGAAAAGAGAGAAGAUGAUGAGUAUGGCGAUUAUUUGGAUGACAAGAGUAUUACCGCACUCGGAGUUUUGCAAACAAUCGGCACUUUGAUUUUGACCUUGGAGAGUACUCCUGAUGUUCUUUUGCACAUGGAAUCCAUUUUGAUGCCAGUAAUCAAGGUCACGUUGGAGAACAAACUUUAUGAUCUUUACAAUGAAGUUUUCGAGAUUAUUGAUAGCUGUACUUUUGCUGCCAAAUCCAUCUCGCCAACCAUGUGGCAAGCAUUUGAACUCAUCCACUCGACUUUCAAGGCUGGCGCUGAACUUUAUCUCGAAGAUAUGCUUCCAGCUUUGGACAACUUUGUUCAAUAUGGCAGUGCUCAUCUCGUACAAUCACCACAAUAUUUGGACGCCUUCUUUGGCAUGGUUGCUGAUAUGUUUGCUGAUGAGAAGGUUGGAGGCGUUGACAAGAUUUGUGCAUGCAAGUUGGCCGAAGGCAUGAUGCUUAGUCUAAGAGGUCACAUUGAUCAAUACGUUUUGCAAUUUGUUGACAUGGCCAUGAGAACUCUCACAAACACAGAUGUCAAGGUCAAGUCAUACAAAAUUCAUCUCAUGGAAAUGGUUAUCAACGCAAUCUAUUACAACCCAGCUUUGACUUUACACAUCCUAGAGCAAAAACAGUGGACCAACAAGUUCUUCAGCUUGUGGUUCGCAAGCAUUGAUAGUUUUACCAGAGUACACGAUAAGAAACUUUCAAUCGCCGCCAUUGUUUCUUUACUCACCCUCAAUGCCGAUCAAGUUCCAGUCAGCGUUCAACAAGGCUGGCCUAGAUUGUUACAGGGUAUUGUCAGAUUAUUCCAAACUCUCCCCACGGCCACAAUGAACCGUGAGGAAGCUUUGAAAGAUGAUUUCCCAGGAGAUGGUGAGGGAUAUGAUGAUGAUGAGGAUGAUGAGUGGGCUGGUGAUGACAAUGCCUGGGGAGAGGAAGGUGAUGAGGGAGAUGAAGAAAACGACAUCAAGGAUGAAAGUAGCGCUUAUCUAGAGUUUUUGAGCGAAGAAGCUUCAAAAUUCAGUAAUCUUGAAGAUCAGGACUCGGAUGAUGAGCUCGGUGAAGAGAGUCUUCUUGAAACUCCUCUCGAUAAAGUGGAGCCAUACCAGCUAUUCAAGAAUGCCUUGAUGAAACUUCAGCAAGAACAACCUCAACUUUAUGAAUCACUUACUACAAAUCUCAACCCAUCCGAGCAAGAAAUAGUCCAAGGUGUUAUACAUCAAGCAGAUGUCAACGCAGCCGCGGCAAUCGCAUCAGCUCAAAUAGAGGCACAACUUGCGGCAGGAGUAGUCAAUGGAGGAGCUUGAAGAAGAAAAAGAUUAGAUUCGUCGUGAUAUCAUGUCGAAUAAUUGGAGUGGAUUAAAUGGUUGCUCAAGCGCACGUUGCAUUUGGUUGGCGUUUUUUUUUUGAUAUGAGAGAUAUGAAAUGAGGUUCCAGAUUUGGAUUUCAUGAUAUCCUUACAGGUACGAAAUGAUUAUGGAAGUUGCAUACCCUGGGAUUUUAAAAAUCAUUUGGUAUUGCGAGGAAUGGAAGUUGAUUAGGGUUGUGAGAUAGGGAUUUCAUCUGACUAGGUAUGAUAACGAUGAUGAUGAGAUGAAUCUUAUCGAUUGGAUGGAUAUCAGAUCGAAUUUAUAUGAGAUUCAGAAUGGUUAGGGUAGGUAUAGUACAUUAGAUUACUUUACAUCUUGAAGGACGACUUUAGUCAUUAGACGUUACGUUCCAAUACCAUAUUCGAGAAUAAAAUUUUGCUAUUAAAGAGGGA